UCACUGCACUACACCUCACUCCACCUGUCUUCCGGAAGUGGUGCAGGUAUGUGAGGAAUCCCCUCCGCCACCUGCAGAUCACCGAGGGGCGCAGGGUACUGGGGCUGUGCUGGUAUCGAGAGGACGCAGCGGAGGUCAAUGCCCAGGAUCAGCCAUGAAAUCUGAAGAGGACGAAUACAACUUUGUGUUCAAAGUGGUUUUGAUUGGAGAGUCCGGGGUGGGUAAAACCAACCUGUUGUCCAGGUUCACCCGGAAUGAGUUUAACCAUGACAGCCGUACCACCAUAGGCGUGGAGUUCUCUACCCGGACCCUGACCCUGGACGGUCACUUGGUGAAGGCUCAGAUCUGGGACACGGCCGGACUGGAGCGUUAUAGAGCGAUUACGUCCGCGUAUUACAGGGGGGCUGUUGGCGCUCUGCUAGUGUAUGACAUCACCAAGCACCAGUCAUACGAAAGUGUGGACCGGUGGCUGAAGGAGCUGUAUGACCACGCGGAGGCCAGUAUCAUCGUCAUGAUGGUGGGAAACAAGUCUGACCUGAAAGACGAGGCUCGGGAGGUGCCCACAGAGGAAGCCAAGAUGUAUGCAGCAGACAGUAAUGGAUUGUUAUUUAUGGAGACUUCAGCUCUCGACUCCACCAACGUUGAACUGGCCUUCGAAACCAUUCUUAGGGACAUCUACACAAGGGUUCUGAAGAGCAAAGGAGGUGAACCAAAAGAAAACACUGUGGUCUUAUCUAAUGAUACUUCUGCUACUCAAGCUCAAGACACUGAAGCCAAAAAGUCUUGUUGCAGAAACAUCUAGCUUUGACUGGUCCAUCACAGAAGGUGGUAGAAGCUUGAGAGACAUCUGAAGACAUCUGGGUUACCUGAAAGGAUUACUGAGGUGUAUGAUGGAGAACUCAUGAUGUAGAUCAUGAUCUGAAUCAUGGUGGGUUCAACCUCGCCCUAAUGGGUUCUGUCCAGAUUUGGUACCCACCACAAAAAUGCGUUAAAGCUUAAUCUAUGGAUCAUGGGUUUGGUUCUCCUAUAUGACAUCCAAAAUGACCCAGAACUCUGUGUUCAUUGUAGUAUUCUAGGGUAAUUGAAGGUAUGUGGAAGGUCCCAAUCUGUACUACCCCCCCCCACCCCCAUUAUUACAUGUAGGUCCAGAGGAACCUCAGGCCCAGGUGUAAUCGUAACCUAUACAGCUACGCCACUGACUAUACAUAAGUAUAUAUUUUCCUCACUAAUCUUCAAGCAAGCACAUUUAAUCUGGUUUUUAUCUACAAGCCACUUUUAAGAAUAUGAAUAAUGUUUUAUAAAUAAAAAGCCGGUCACAUAUUGCUUACAACUUUGUAAAAAAAAUACAGUUUUGUAUUUUUGUGAUCCAUAAUGUAAGAAAACCUGUACAUUUUCCCUCAUCCUGUCCAUAAAGGGCUUGUGCCCCAAACUAGAACACA